AUGCCUCUCCCCAAGCAUGAGUACGUGAGCGAUAUCUGGAAAGAUGGCAUUUUUGAAAACAAAGUCGUGUUUUGCACAGGUGGCGCUGGCACCAUAUGUAGCGCCCAGGUCAGAGCUAUGGUCCAUCUCGGCGCUAAUGCGUGCAUUAUUGGACGAAAUGUCGAGAAAACGGAGAAGAUGGCUACAGAUAUCGCUACUGCGAGGCAAGGCGCAAAAGUUCUGGGCUUUGGGUCUGUUGAUGUCAGGAGUAUUGAAAGUAUGCAAACAGCUGUGGAGAAGUGUGUUAAAGAGCUUGGGGGAAUCGAUUUUGUGAUCGCCGGAGCUGCAGGCAACUUCCUCGCCUCCAUCAACCAGCUCAGCACAAACGCCUUCAAAUCCGUCAUGGACAUCGACGUUCUGGGCUCUUACAACACUGUCAAGGCGACGCUGCCCCAUCUCGUCACUUCAGCAGGCAAGCACAAGUCCGACGGCAGAACAGCCUCUCCAACAGGAACAGGCGGCCGCAUCAUCUUCAUCUCCGCCACCUUUCAUUACACUGCAAUGCCACUCCAGACUCAUGUCAGCGUCGCCAAAGCUGGCGUUGACGCACUUUCCAACAACCUCGCUCUCGAGUUUGGUCCGCGAGGCGUGACGUCUAACGUUAUCGCACCCGGCCCUAUCGCCGGCACAGAAGGCAUGGAAAGAUUGGCAAAGACGGACGACGUGGCUAACUCUUUCAAAAACAUCCCUCUGGGAAGGUGGGGCACUGUGAAGGAGAUUUCAGACGCCACGAUCUUUCUAUUCUCGGAUGCUGGGAAUUACGUGAAUGGCCAGGCACUUGUUGUCGAUGGAGCAGCGUGGCGAGCACAGACGCCCAACAUGGGCGGAUUCAAGUAUCCUGAUUUUCUUUUGGGUGAUGAAGUGGUGACUGGAGUCAAAGGUGGUAAGAAAUCAAAGCUAUGA